CCACCCCACCUCCCCUCCUUGCCCUAACCCUCUUCACGACCCCAACAAUUCACUCACCCCCCUCGUACCCCCCCUCCACCCACAUAUGACUCGCAUACGCAUCACCAACCCUUCCACAGGCGAAGAAGUGGUUGUUGACAAGGCUAAGGAGCCUCCACCCUCUCCGGUCCAUGCCUCACACCCUUUGCCUCUGCCAUCGCCGUCGCCAUCGCUGUCGCCAUCGCCGUCGCCGUCGCGCCCACUCCCUGCCCAACGUCACUCGGCUCGUCGCCGUCCUCGUCCCACGGUCCGCACCCGCGGAUCGGCCUUGUACGCAUCCGCGUCACCAACGUCACCGGUCUCGGCUGAUGUGGUGAGCGCAGGCUCGCAGCCAUCGCUGUCGCCUACCGCGGCAUGGAGCGGGUCGGGCGGCUCUCCGUCUGGCUCACCACCUGCUGCGGCGCGGGCGUUUGCCCACCCAUCAGGCUCGCCAUCAAGCCCAUCGGUGGCGUGGGCUGGACCCGGACCAGCUGUGGCGGCGGCGGCAGCCGUGGACGGAUUGGGCGCGCUGCGAUCACCGACGGCGAGCUCUCCGUCGCCGGCAGCGCGGCCAUGGACGCCUUACGGCUCGCCGGCGUCGGAGAAAGGCAUGUCUGCAGUCUCACCGUUUCAGCUGCGGACGACAGAGGGGUUGGACCCCUCUGCAGCGUCGGCGGUUCUCGGCGCAGCAUCAUGGAUGGUUGACCAGGUCGAUGCCGCCGCUGGCUCGCCCGUGCCCGGCGAGCGGUUGAUGAUGGCGCGGAUCUCCAGCACGGCGCGCAACGUGCCGGCGCAUCUCAUCGGUGCCGUCGACGCUCCGCUCCCCGCCUGCGUCCGCGUCGGCAUCUGCGAGCGCUUCCAGGCCGAGCUCGACACCACAUUCAAUAAUGUGGUGUACUUUGCUGGGCCUGACGCGGGCUGGCUCACCAUCGAUGCCCUCACCGCCUCGAUGAUGGGCUCUGGGCUAUCGCGGCCGGGAACUGCCAGCGCCUCGCACGAGUGACGCACGUUUGCUCUGUCCGCUAAGGAUCCCCCGUCUACUACCUAAAGCUUUACACUCCUA